GUAUGCUGUGCAGUUCGUUGUGCCCAUGUGAUAAGAGGAAGAAGUGUGUUUCACGUAUAGACAUUGUAGAAAAAUUUGUAAAAUAUUGUAAUAUUAUAAAAAUAAUUAAUAGGACAGUAAAUAUAUAUUGAUGUCCAUUUAAUAAGACUUAAUCAGAGAAGAUUUUCAUAAAGAAAGAAAAAAUAUGGCAACCGAUGAAAAUUCUUGGCGAACUCAAAAUUUUCGGCAAAGUGUAGUAGCAAAACUUGAUGAAGCUGUGCAAAUGUCAGGUAUGCCUACAGCAAAAAAUAGCAUUGAGAUGGAAAGUCAUGUUUUUCAGAAAGCAAAAAGCAAGGAAGAAUACUUAAGCUUCAUUGCAAGGCUUAUCUUCCAUGUUAGAGAAAUGAAUUCUAAAAAAGGAGCUGGAAAUAUUGCACCUGGUAAUGCUGGAAGCGGAGGUCAAGGAAUGCCAGAUCCGAUUGGUGCAUUGCAAACUUUAGCAAGGCAGGGAACAGGCAAUAAUCAAAUGAUCGGGAUGGGUGGACCUGGGCCUAAUCCACAAGGCAUUGUACCACAAUCUUCUACAAAUACAGCUACUAAUCUCUUGCAAAGUUUAAAUCAACGUCCUGGACAACCAAUGACUAUGCCUGGUUUGCCAAAUAAAAUGUCUGGAAUGGGUAUGAUGCAAUCUGUUGGUACUAUGAGUCAUAUGAAUGCAAUUCAAGGUAUGCAAAGUGGUGCAAUUUUAACUCAAAUUAAUCAGAUGAAUCAAGGAAAUAUGCCACAACAAAUGAAUCAAAUGAUCCCUACUCAAAUGAAUCAAAUAACUACUGGACAAAUGCAGCAAAAUAUGCAAAAUCAAAUGCAAAAUCAAUUGUCAGGACAAAUGUCCAAUCAGAUUGGUGGGUCUAUAAAUAGUAUGCAAACUAAUAUGCCUCAACAAAUGAAUCAAAUUUCUUCUGGCCAGAUGGGUCCUGCUCAAGUGACACAACAACUAAAUCACAUGCAAAGAAAACCUGGAGAAAUAAUAAAUACUGUAUUUCCUGGUCCACGCAAUGUUACUCCAAACCAAUUCUUAAGACAAAGUCCAUCUCCUUCUGCCCCUAGUCCAGCAGCUUUAGCAGCACCAGCAAGUAAUCAAAUGGUAGCAUCACCAGCUUUGGUACCAUCUCCAAGCCCACAACAUCCUAUCAUAGCAGGACCACAAAGAUCUGUAGGUAUGGCACCAUCUCCUAGUAGCUCAUUAAAUACUCCAGUAGCUGUGGGAGCAACACCUAGCCCUCAACAAGAAGAUCAAGCAUAUAGAGACAAAGUUCGACAACUUAGUAAAUAUAUAGAACCAUUGAAAAGAAUGAUUUCCAGAAUGGGAAAUGAUGGAAAUGUCGAUAAACUAAGUAAAAUGAAAAGAUUGUUGGAGAUUCUAUCAACACCUAGUAAACGUAUGCCGAUGGAAACACUGUUAAAAUGUGAGGUUGUAUUAGAAAAAGUCGACUUCAAAAGGGGCGAUGGCAGUGUCGGGCCACCUAUAACAACUUUAAAAGAACAUCAUUUCUUUAGUCCACUUUUGGAAGCAGUAAGCACUCAUCUACAAAGUCCGGUAGUAAAUCAUACUUUACAACGUACUUUUGGUCCAUGUUUAGAGGCAUUGUUUGGACCAGAGAUCAAAACUUUACCACCGUUGAAGAAACAGAAGAUAGAGGAACCACCUAGUGAAAUACCAGAUGUUUUACAAGGAGAAAUAGCACGCCUUGAUCAACGAUUCAAAGUAAGCUUGGAUCCAGCUCAACAAAAUGGUUCUAAAUGCAUACAAUUAAUAUGCUGGUUGGAUGAUCGCCAUUUACCAUGUGUACCACCCGUAUCGGUCAUUGUACCUGCUGAUUAUCCUUUAACACCACCGCGUUGUGUUAUGACACCUCACGAAUAUACCACAACAUUCCUUUGUGCCGUCCAAAAGGCACUGAACGCUCGUAUUGCAAAACUUCCACGUCAUUUUUCUGUAUCACAGUUACUCGAUACUUGGGAAAUGAGUGUAAGACAAGCGAGUGCCCCAACGCAAACUCCUGUUACAGCUAGUACAGUCUUAAUGAGUCUAUAGCACAAUUUUCUAAACGAUUGACUUACUGUAUCCUUAUAAUAUAAUAUAGUUAUUGUAUCAAACUCUU